AUGUCAUCCAAUCCCUUAGUCCUUUUUCUUGUUGCUCUUAUUGUUGGUAUCAAAAGCGAUGAAAUAGAAUUCCAUUUAACGACCUACGACAAUGGUAAAAUAUGUUCCUCUUGGAUAGAUACACAUGAUGAAUUCUUCGCCUAUACCGAAGCAUACAAUCAGGAAUGCAUAAGUGAAACGGAGCUAGAAAGAAGGAACGGCCAAGCACGUCUCUGUUGCGAAACUACACCUUUACCGAUUCCAAGUACAGAUUUUCCUCGAGAGUGUGGUAAACAGAAACACCUACCAUUGCUACAACGGAUCGUUGGUGGACAAGAUGCGGCUAUCUACAGCUGGCCAUGGCAGGUCCUAUUACUUAGUAGUGAUCUUCAAUGUGGCGGUGUGCUUAUCGAUCAACAGCAUGUGCUAACAGCUGCACAUUGUAUUACAUAUCCAAUUGAGCCGACUGACUAUGUGAUUACUGUGGGUUUGCAUAAGAGAGAGUCAAUAGUCAACAAAGGAGAAGAAAUUGUUGCCGAAAAUAUCUGGGUGCAUGAGCUAUACAAUAGUAGCACUCUAGAAAACGAUAUAAGUGUAAUACGUUUAUCCAAGCCUGUUCAGAUUUCUGACGCGAUCAAUGUUAUUUGUUUACCAGGCGCGCAUGUUGGUACAGCUGUUAAUAAAACAGUCUGGGUGUCCGGCUGGGGAAAAACAUAUUACAAUGGGUAUACAAGCUCCGUUCUCAGACAAACCUGGUUAUAUACAAUGGGUGAUAUGUGCAAUACCUACGUUACAAAGGUUUUUGAUGAAGAUAAACAACUAUGUGCGGGAAGAUAUACUACAUAUAGCGCUACAUGUCAAGGAGAUUCAGGUGGUCCUUUGAUGUUUUUGAAUGGAAUCGUAAGUUAUGGCCAAGCUUGCGGUUCGAGAGGAACUCCGAGUGUUUACGUACGUGUGACUUACUAUCUACCGUGGAUUCAAAGUAAAAUGUCGUUAGCUUCAGCUUGA